GCCCUGACUGGGCAAUCCUUCCCAGCAUGCCACGCGUGGCGCAUGGGCAGUGCGGCCUUACAGGGGGCUCUGCUAAUUCCAUUGUGGAGCGGAGACGGCGAUAUUUUUAACUGGAGGCGGCGGCCGUAAAGAGAAAACAGCAGCAGCGGAGGCGGCGACCUUAAGUUAGGCCGGGCCGGGUGGGGCCGAACGGCGGCGAAGGAUGCGCCCGGCUGGCGGCUGCCGCGACUGUCGGGCAAGCGGGCGCUGAAGAGCGGGGAGAGAAAGACCGGGCCAACCAGGCAGACAGCCGGCGGGUGAGUGUGUGAAAAGGCGAGCGGCGGCGGCGGGGUCUUGCAGCAAUAGCAGCCCCUGAGGGCCGCGCCUCCUCUUUCUCGUCGUCGUCGUUAUCAUCAUCGUUCUCCCUUCCCCUUCCCGGCUUUGCUGCUCCUUUUCCUGUCCCCGAGGGGAAUAUGAAACUCGGCAGCGGCUUCCUGGGCGGCGGCUCCAAGAGGGCGGCGAUGGAGCCCCCCUUCCCCCCCAGCAUGGUCAUGUUCAAUCACCGCUUGCCGCCCGUCACCAGCUUCACUCGGCCAGCCGCUCCCCCCCAGCAUUGCGGGCUGACUUUGGCCUCCGCCUCGUCCGCUGCCGCCUCAUCGUCAUCAUCUUCCUCCACGUCGUCUUCAUCUUCCUCCUCCUCUUCUACCGCGACGACUGUAGCUGCCGCCGAGCCUCCUGCCCCGCCGCAGCCGCCGCCUCCUCACCCUCAGGGCAUGACUUUCAAGAAAGAGCCGGCAGGGGGUUUCCCUCUUACAGCCGCCUCCUCCUCAUCGUCGUCCCAGAGGGGCUCUUGGGGCUUCUUCCAUUCCCUCAUGAAUAUCAAACAGGAGAAGUCCAGUGAUCAGGAGGAAAACGAGCAGCAGCACCAUCACCACCACCACCACCACUAUGGGGGCCUCUUUGGGAUAGCUGGGGAGGAGAGGCACCCCGCUCUUGGUAGUGGUGGAGGAGGAGGAGGAGUGGAAGGGGCCAGCCAGAGUGUGAUCCAAGACCUCAGCCUUUUCCACCACCUGCACCACCAUCCCCACAGAGGAGACUUGCUGCUGGGCAUUAGAAGCGGUAGUGAGAUGGGUCUUGCUGGCUCGGAUGAGCCCAAGCAUGACGCCCAGGCUAGGAAGAUGAAGAGGCCAAAGUCGGAAUCUCAGGGAAUCAAAGCCAAGAGGAAGCCAAGCAUUUCAUCCAAGCCCCUUGUGGCAGGAGAUGGAGAAGCUGCCAUGCUAUCCCCUAGCCAGAAACCUCAUGUCUGUGAACAUUGCAGCGCCGCCUUCAGGAGCUCAUAUCAUCUGCGCAGGCAUGUGCUCAUCCAUACUGGCGAGAGGCCUUUCCAGUGUAGCCAGUGCAACAUGGGUUUCAUUCAGAAGUAUUUGCUACAGAGACAUGAAAAGAUCCACAGCAGGGAGAAGCCGUUUGGGUGCGACCAGUGCAGUAUGAAGUUCAUCCAGAAGUAUCAUAUGGAGAGACACAAGAGGACGCACAGCGGAGAAAAGCCAUACAAAUGUGAAACCUGUCAGCAGUAUUUUUCAAGGACUGAUAGACUGUUAAAGCACAGACGUACAUGUGGAGAAGCCAUAGGGAAAGCAGGUGCUGGAAUGGAUCCUGGGCCAUCAAACCAUAGCAUGGGCAACUUGUCUAUGUUGUCUCAGGGAAAUACAGGUUCGUCAAGGAGAAAAAGCAAAGCAAAAUGUGUAUCCACUGAAAACAAAGAGCAUAAGCCUAGUCAUAAAGUAUCUGAAUCUCAAAUUGCAUCUAAUAUGACCUUGCAGAAUUAUGCGGUGGAGAUUCCUAUAGUGUCUUCCAGUGGUGGCUUAAUUGGCACUGGAAUAGAAGAGCUGCAGAAAAAGGUACCCAAAUUAGUCUUUAAAAAAGGAAACAGAAAAGGUUCAGACAAGAGUUUCCUUAACUUUGUGUCACCGUUGCCAGACCUUCUUGGUCAAAAACAAUUGUCUGGAAAACCAAGUUCUCUUGGCAUAGUCACAAAUACCAGUGUUGAUGCUAUUGGCCUCCUUCAAGCUGCAAGUAGUAAACCAGGUCAAAUAAGUAGCAAUUAUGACGAUGCCAUGCAAUUUUCAAAGAAAAGAAGAUAUUUACAAACUGCCAGCAGUAACAGUGCCUUUUCUAUAAACGUUGGACAUAUGGCCUCCCAACCGUCUGUUAUACAGUCUGCAGGUGUGAGUGUUAUGGACAGUGAAACCCCGUUAUCUCUUAUUGACUCAUCAUCUCUAAAUGCUGACAUCAAAUCUUGUCACGAUAAGUCUGGCAUUCCUGAUGAAGUGUUGCAAAGUCUUUUAGACCAGUACUCUCACAAAUCGGAAGGCCAGAAAGAGGAUCCCUUCAGCAUUACUGAACAGCGUGUGGACUUGCAGGCCUCAGGAGAACAUACAGAGAUAGUUCAAGAGGAGAACCUGAGCCCCAGCUCCCAAACAGCUUCAAACGACAAAGCAAGCAUGUUGCAAGAAUACUCAAAAUACCUCCAACAUGCUUUUGAAAGAACAACCAAUAGCACUGGUUUUGCUUUUGGACCCAGUUUCCAAUUUGUAAGUUUGUCUUCAAGCCUUCAUAACCAUACUUUGUUUCAAGACAAACAAAUAUACACUACAUCUCCACUUGAGUGUGGUUUCAGCCAAUCCGUUACCUCAGUGUUGCCAUCUGCAUUGUCAAAGCCUCCUUUCGGAAUGUUGCUUGGAUCUCAGCCAGGUUUUUAUUUAUCUGCUUUGGAGGCAACACAUCAACAGUUGACUCCUUCACAAGAACUAGAUGAUCUGAUAGACUCUCAGAAAAACAUAGACACUUCGUCAGGCUACCAGUCAACACCUCAAAAAUUGAAUAGCCAGAAGGAACAAAAAAAUGUAGAAUCUUCAACAAGCUUUCCAAUUCCAUCUCAGGAGCUAGCUAACCAGAUAGAUCCUCAGAAGGACCUAGAGCAUCGAGCAACAUACCAGAUAGAAACCUUUGCACAAGCAUUUGGUUCUCAGUUUAAGACGGGCAGCAGGGUGCCAAUGACUUUUAUUGCUAACUCUAAUGGGGAAGUGGACCAUAGAGUAAGAACUUCAGUGUCAGAUUUCUCAGGGUAUACAAAUAUAAUGUCUGAUGUAAGUGAGCCAUGUAGUACAAGAGUAAAGACCCCAACUAGCCAAAGUUAUAGGUAAAGUUCCAAGUAUGAGUAGGCUUUGGGGUGGUCUUAAUGUAUUAGUUUUAUUUUGAUAACACUGCCAUUGGAAUGUUUCUACAUGAUCCUAAUACAAAUAAUGUAACACGCCCUUUCAAUGCAACUUUUCAUACUUAGUUUUUGUUAAUGUAAUUUUAGAUCAGUUUGUAUUAUGGUUUUUAAAUCGGAUCAAUAGACUUGAUAGUUUGCAUUUUUGUGUUCAUGUGACAGUGUUUAGCAAUCAAACUUACCUAUUUAGAUUGUCAGGGAAUAGCCCAAAAAGUUGAAAAUGCAAAAAAGAAAAAAAGAGAGAAAAAAUAACAAAAAAACCUUUGUUCCUAGGAUUAAGGUUUAUUUUAAUUGCUUUACUCUCAGGAAAAUGUAAUGAAGCAAGGGGAGUCUGUACACUAUUGGUGUAUUGGAGUUUCCAAUUUACAAAUAAGUGGCAAAUCUACUUCACCAUUUAACAAAGAGAUCUUAUGACAUUACAAAUUGCUGUCUCGUAUCUGGGUAAUACAAAAUUCUGAGAACUUAGCUACCUACAACUUGUUAUAGUUGUUAACAUACUUCUUUAUUUCUUGUUCUAGAUGAUUAAACACAUUCCAGACUGGUGGGGUAGAUAUUCUCAGAUCCUUGGUAUAUAGCCUGGAAUGAUAGCUUUAAUAAUCACAAUAAUGUCCACCCCAUUUUUUCCUGAAGGCUGUAAUUCUAUAAAGAGAUUUUAGCAAUGUAAUCCACAAGAGGUGUUUUAAAGGGCCAGUUUGAUGUCAUUGGAACCUAAAACUAAAAUAACAGUCUUAAUUUAUAUACAUUUUGGAAUGCAUUAUUUAUUAUAUAUAAUUUUUUUUAAAUCCCCCAAUUGGCCUCCAGUCCUUUUCUUCCUCCUACUUAAAUAUUCCUGUUUAGUAUUUUUGGGUCAUCUUUUAUCAUUCAUUUUAAAUACCAAGCUCACUUUCCAUGGUUUGUGAUCUUUUCUGUGUUGUUUUAGUUUAACAGCUGGAAUUUAGAAGAUUUACAUUCCAGAAGAUUGCAUAACUUAUUAUGUGUUUCCUGAUGUCUUCUGGCGUCAAAAGUUGAACAAAUUAAAAAGUUGAAUGCCCUUUUAUUCUAGAAGGCCAUAAAGGUUUCCAUGCAACAGGUGUGGGGAACUUUUGGCCUUUGAGAUGUUGCUGAAUUAACAACGUCCAUCUUCCUUGGCCAUUGGCCAGGUUUGCUGAGGCUGAUUGGAGUUCUAGUUUAGCAACAUCUGGAGGGUCAGAGGUUCCCCACACCUACCAUACAAGAUAGAAUAAGAAAUAAUUACACACUUGUACAUAAAGACCCCUUCCAAAGUGCACUGGGAUCUACUUGCUUAGUCAUCCAUCCCCACAUGUGAGUCUAGAGCAUUUUGGGGUGGGGUUAACAUGGUUAAAGGAAGUGUAGGAGGACACUGUGUUUGGCCUAAACAUGAACCAUGGUUUGUUGUAACCAGAAUCUCCAAUGAAUUGUUGCUCAAAUUCAUGUAUAUUUUGUGGUACAUUAUUUAUGAUAAGUGAACAAUGAUUAGAGCCUGUGGCGCCACGGAAACCUGUUAGAAAACGUAGUGGCUAUUUUAAAACUGUUAAUUGCUAAUAAGCAGUUGCACUGCCCAGAACCACUUUUUUUUUGCAGAUGUAUUUUUUUCUAAUUAGUUUUUUUAAAUGUAAUUUUAGUGAUGUUUAUGCAGAUUUUUUAAAAUGUACUUUUGGUGAUGUUUCUGUCUUGCGUACUUUCUGGAGGCAGAAAAGUACCAGUGGUUGCAGUCUUAUUGUGUAAUUGGCCUAUUGCAGGCUUCCAUGUAUAAUAAAGUAAUUAACAUUGUACAAGUGUAAAACACUUCUGUUAUGAAGAUGGUGUUAUAAGAACUAUGAAUUCUUAAAUUGUUACAAAAUGUUAAACAUACCCAUUUUUUCUUUUUCCUGCCCACCAAAUCAACCUGAACACUAUAUCACCAAAUGAACUGCCACCUUAUUACUAAUGCAUAAUUAAUGAAACCUCACUUAUUAAAACUUGAUAUAUACUUGAUUAUGUAUUUCCUCUCCUUCAAAUUAGUGCUGUUAAUUUCCCUUGCCAUCUAGGCAUAGAGCACAACUUAUCAUCAAGGGAUGGAGUGUACCCUAACCACUGUGUUGUUCUAUGGGUUUUUUCCUAAUUUUUUAAAAAGUAUUUUGUUCUACAGCAGUUAUGAUUUAUUUUCUUUUAUAUUGUGUAUACUGGAUAGUGUAUGUGUUCUGGGAUUGUUUGCUUUAGACUGACCAAUUAAAAAUGCUAUUCACAAAAAUCUAAGGAAAUAAGAUGAUGUUGUAUUAUCUAUCCAGUUGCACCUCUGGCUUUGUUAAGAAAAUUCAGUGAAAUGUUUUAAACUAAAUUGCUGGAACAAUAGAAGAAUGACUUGCUUGCUUUUAAAGGUAUUUUUAUUGUAAAACUUCUUUAGGUGAACAAUAAAAACACUCUUUUCAUUA